AUGGCCGAUCCAGCACGCCCGCCCAGCUCGGAAGAGGGCGAGAUUAGCGACGGUGAUGAGGAUUUCGGUCCACGGAGUCCCGACUACAAGCCAAAAUCGCCCGCCUACAAGCCAGCGAUGAAGGAACGAGAGGAAAAGAAACAUCAUCAUCACCACCACCACAAGCAUCAUUCAAGAGAGAUCGAGCAAACGGAAGAAAAUAUCACGAUCACGAUUUCAUCAACUUCAACCAUCCAGCCGGGGCUGGGCGAACGGGAGGCCCAGCUGCGGAACAAAUUGCUCGCAAAGACAAAGGAGAGGACCAGCUCAAGUUCGGAGACUAAAGACGAAAAGAAGGGCAAAGAAAAGGCGGAACGAGCACGAAUCAAGGCACCGAGCAAUGAUGAAGAUGGCGAUGAUGUGGAACAUUUUCAAGUACAACCAAAGGAUGCAAAAACUGAAAAAUCAAAGACUGCUUCCGAUCGAGACAAGGGAUCAAAGCGUGAAAGGAUCGUUUGGCGAGAUCGAACACCAGAGAGAAUUCGUAGCAGUGGAGGAGGAAAACAUUCGGACAGUACAAGAGAUCGACCACGAUACGAUGUCAAUAAAGGUGGAAGGGACCGUCACUCCGAUCGACGAGCAGAUGACAAGGAUCGAGGAGGAGAAAGAUCGGGAAGAAAAGAGGAAAGCAUCAUUGAAAAGCACCGGAAGCGUGAAAAAGAGAAAGAACGCGAGAAAGAGAAGAAAGAAAAGGAUAAAGACCGAAAACGAACCAAGAAAAGCAGAUCAAAAUCUCCCGAUGAAGUCGAAGUGAAGAAAGUGAAAGAAGAGAUCUCAAAGAUGUCCACCGAUGAGACAAAGACGGUGGAAAGUGCUUCAAGAAGUCCGUCGCAGGAAAAAAAAAUCGAUAGUCCGGUACAGGAUCCACACGUGGGAGCCAUUCUCGCAACGAUUCGUCGACCCGGCUAUUCGAAAUGGCAAGAAAAUGACGAGGAAGAGUUGAGUGAACCCGAAGACGAUCAGUCGAACUUGCACAACAAAUCGCCUGCAGAUUCAACGCCCAUUUGCGCGUCG